AUGGAUGCAGUUGUACCGCCUUUAGAACUCAAACAUUCGGCGCAUUCGCUUCCGGCGUUGCUGAAAGAGAACAGCACCGUCGGUGAGUUAGUCACCUUUCCUAACCGGACAACGCGUUCUAAACAAGGGCGAACCGUUUCCGGUCAGCGUUCUAAAGAUGACAGCAGAAUUAUCAGGCAAAAUCUGGGGGGCCCCGCUGAGGGCCGGAAAUUGCGGCGAACAAAAUCCGAGAGAAGUCUCAACCAACUGGCGGAGCAAAUGUCCAUCAAAAAACGCCCCGCGUCAUUAUCCAGCUUAGAGCAGAGCGAACUGUCGGACGAUCGUGAAAUUUCGCCAAAAACACUACGGAAGCGAAGCGAGCGUCGCCGGCACUCUAUGAUGGAGGCACUGAAAGACGAUUUGGAGAAGUUGCCGCGCCUUCAAGCGCUCAUGAAACCUUCGUAUACCAACAGAUCGGAUGGCCCUGACGUCUCGGAUGUAAGCGACGCUGAUGAUAACGCAUGGGAAGAUUCAGCGCGAAGACAAGGGCGAAGGCGACGCUCCUCGAGCGUAUUCCGCUCGGGGUCCCGGAAAUCAGUGGGAAGUGGCGAUUUUGCGCCGGUAUUAACGGAAGCUGAAUUGAAGAAGUUAAAACUGAUCCAAAACAUGAAUCUGAGCGGAAAUAACGCCAAAUCGCGCGGGUUUGAUCGGCAAUUUUCGCACGACAGCCAAAACGGCGAAGUCGCGAUUCUUGAAGCGUCCUUUGCGCGCGGCGGACGUCGCACGAGCAUUGCGACGCACGUGCUCAUGAAGGCCCGCUCUCGACAGGCAGCCGUUUCCGAUUCAGGUAGCUUAGUUGGACCGGGAAGAGAUGCGUUUGUUUCCGGUGCGGAAAGCAAUCAGAAGGAAGAGGUUACCGAGGAGUCACAAAAGACAUUCCGCCGUCGGUGGCGACGUAGAAAGAUGAGACCAGUUCAAGUCUGGAGGAAGAGGGCAAAAUUCGUGAUAUUACUUCUACGGGUGUGGAAAAUACACUCAAACAGCAUUAACGAGAUUCUCGUAGAAAACAACGAGUCACUUGACAUUAUCACCAGGGGAAACAAUGUUGAGCUGCUGUUUGACGUAACCGAAUAUAAGGCCUCUAAGGAGGCGAAGAUUUCAUCAGAAGUGAAACGAAUACUGACCAAACCUCCUCUUCAAAGGACUUCCGAGGAACAGUACUAUGUGCAGAUUUUUUUGCGGAACUACAAAAGCAUCUCGGAGUAUCCGGUCAAAAUACAAACCAUGAUCGCGCAGAGGUCCUGGAUCGAGAGCUAUGACAUCAAGCGGGUCAUCGUGCGCGAGGGUCACGUGCCCAUGUGCUUCUAUUUCAUCUUGACCGGCUCAGCUAUCGUUUCCACAUUGGAGGCCGGGGCCCCUAAGACGGUCAUGUUUCUGAGCCGUGGCGACAGUUUCGGGGACGUGUCCAUCUUGAACAACUCUCGCCGCGAGACGACUGUGAUCUCGCGAGAAAAGAUUGAACUUCUUUGCAUGACGGACACGGAUUUUGUUGACAUCUUCAUGUCCGGUGGAAUGCGAGACCCAAACGAUGCCUUUCUAAAAUCAAUCAGUUUCCUGGACGGCUGGCCGAGGGAGCUAUUGGUUAACAACCCGAAACGUUGCAUUUUCAGUUACUUCAAACGCGGAACAGUUCUGGUUAAUGACACAUGUAACAACGACUGGAUUUUUGUGAUUAAAUCAGGAAGUGCCAGUCUGUUGAAGAAACUCCACGCGGUGAACUUGAAGGCGGAACCUGUUAAAAAGAAGAAAUUCUGGGACUUAAGGGAGGAAGGUACGAUCUGUAACAAGCAAGUGCUGGCGACCAAUCCGGUGCAAGCAGAGUCGCUUCUGAGCCACGAGGAGCAGGUACAGCUGCUGUUCGAGGAGGAGAAUCGAAAUGUCGAGGACCAGAACCUGCACGUGCGUUUCUACGCGCUGCCCGAGAUCAACGUGCCCACAAAUGAAUCAUACAACGAGCUGCGGCAGAUGAAGGAAGAGUUUGUGAACGCCAACAUCGUCAACCGGGCCCUUGGAGCCCUCGAGAAGUUGGCCGACGCCGGCGUCGACGUCAAGUCAGAGACGGGGCACAGCGGCUCUCUCCAGUCGGCGUUGCGUGACGAGUCUGUGAAGAAAAUGAAGCAAGGCCGACGAAACUCGAUGGCUUUUCUUAAGGGACUUGCGGAUUUGUUGUUUGAAAAUCAGCCCAACUUCAGCAUUAUCAGCAAUGGGGCGGAGUGUAUAAUGAUCGAAAAGAAAUUCUUUUUGGAGCAUGCUUCGCAGGCUCUUGUUGUUAAACUAAAGGAGGCGACGUUUCCGUACCCUAGCAACGACGUUUUGCAAAGUAACCUUGAUGGCCAAAUGCGCUGGGACGCACACAAGAAAAGGACGUUAAACAAAGUGUUAAGUCACAUCAAAGAAAGAAAGAGUAACGGAGCCUACAAGCAGACUUAG